AUGGAAAAUUCUGCGACAACGAAGCUUACUACAUUAGAAGAAUUAAACCGAAAUCGUGAGAAAUUACAAUUUCGUAAAACUCGGUUUGAAAAGCGAAACAAAGCUAAAAAUGGUAGUCCGGAUCUUUGUAAUCUUAGUAACAAGACGCCUUCUCAAUGCGAGAACUCGGUAUGCAGAUCUGACGCAUUCUCGGUGCGAUCGUCUACCUCCUCAAUUAAUCGAUUUGUAGUCACUACUACCAGCUCAAGAGAGCCGUCUUGUACGGUUUAUGAGAAACUUAUAUUGAACUAUCUUACGAACGAUCAACAUAAUGACAGCUCAUUACCAUUACCAUUAGAUUCUUAUGAUCUACUUAAAAGGCUUGCUGUAUGGCAAAGUAAUCCCCGCAUUCCUUUUACACAGACGUCUUUAAAAAAUCUCGAGAUUGCACUUAAGAAUUUGUCAAAUACAUGGGGUCCUAAAGCUAUAUCUGUGAAAGAAAAACAAAUUGGUGGGAAUAAGAGAUUACUAGUGGAAGAGGUUGAUUUUCGAAAGUUGAAUGCUGUUAAAGUUAUUGAAAGUGCUUUAGAUUCGGAAGAUCCUUCAUCGUUAGAAAAAUCGUUACAAUUGACCACUUGCGCAAGUAAUAACAACAAGAAGCGUAAAAUUGUUAGUAUAUUAGAUGACGACGACGAUGAUGUGGCAAAAGAAAUAAAUAAACUUCUUGCAAAACCAUCAUUUAAAGAAUUAGAAGAGAAUGGGCCGUUGCAUGAUCUAUGUGUAAUGUUAAAUAAAAAAUCUUCUCAUGACAAGUUAAUAAUUGAGAUGUUUCGAUCGACAAACAACUCGUUUCGGGAGUUUUGUGUUUAUGGUACAAAAGCUGAUUGUCAAAAGCGUCGAAAAACAAUUAGAGCUUGCAAAAGGCUUCAUUUCCGCCCAAUGUUACGACAUCAUACAGAUUUAGAAUUAGAAGAUGAAAAAUGGACAUAUAUUCAACGAAGACAAAUACCGCCUGCAGUGGUGUUCAUUCCACCAACAAAAGUGCUUCCUCCUCAAUGGAUCAACUGCGACGUACGGAAGUUUGACUUUUCAAUUCUCGGAAAGUUUACUGUCAUCAUGGCUGAUCCACCAUGGGAUAUUCAUAUGACGCUCCCCUACGGUACUAUGACUGAUGAUGAAAUGAAAGCUAUGGAAAUUGCUGCAUUACAGGAUGAAGGAUUAUUGUUUUUAUGGGUUACGGGAAGAGCAAUGGAGCUAGGAAGGGAAUGCUUGAAUAUUUGGGGAUAUGAUCGUGCAGACGAACUUGUAUGGAUCAAGACCAAUCAAUUACAGAGGCUUAUUCGAACUGGGAGAACAGGACAUUGGCUGAAUCAUAGCAAAGAACAUUGCUUAGUUGGAAUUAAAGGUAAUCCUGAAGAUUUAAAUUUGGGACUUGAUUGCGAUGUUUUAGUUGGAGAGGUUCGAGAAACAAGUCGUAAGCCAGAUGAAAUCUACGGACUAAUUGAUCGUUUGGCACCUGGUACACGUAAAUUAGAAAUAUUUGGUCGUCAACACAAUACACGCCCUGGGUGGUUAACCCUUGGCAAUCAAUUAGACGAUGUUCGACUAUAUGAACCAGAACUAGUCAUGCGGUAUAAUGCAAGAUAUCCAGAGAAGCCUUGUAAGCUAACUCAACUGCCCGCGGAUUGGUAA